GUAGAUGUCGUGAGCGGAGCCGCCCGUUGCCUUGGAGCUGGCAAGACGCCGCUGGGCCUCCACUGCAGGGAAAAGACCCGGCGGCGGGCUUUGGUCACCAUGUCGGUAUUGGACGUUCUUUGGGAGGACCGGGAUGUCCGUUUCGACGUCUCCUCGCAACAAAUGAAAACAAGACCUGGUGAAGUCCUUAUUGAUUGUUUAGAUUCAAUUGAAGACACUAAAGGAAAUAAUGGGGAUAGGGGUAGAUUUUUAGUAACUAAUUUAAGAAUUAUCUGGCAUUCGUUGGCAUUACCCAGAGUCAAUCUUUCUAUUGGUUACAACUGCAUAUUGAAUAUUACAACAAGGACUGCUAACUCUAAAUUACAAGGCCAAACUGAAGCUCUUUAUAUACUUACAAAAUCUAACAGUGUUCGCUUUGAAUUUAUAUUUACCAAUUUGGUUCCUGGAAGUCCUAGGCUUUUUACUUCUGUGAUCGCAGUACACAGAGCAUAUGAAACUUCUAAGAUGUACCGUGAUUUUAAAUUGAGAAGUGCACUGAUUCGAAACAAGCAACUAAGAUUAUUACCACAAGAACACGUGUAUGAUAAAAUCAGUGGAGUGUGGAAUCUGUCCAGUGAUCAGGGAAACCUAGGAACUUUUUUUAUUACCAAUGUGAGAAUUGUAUGGCAUGCAAAUAUGAAUGACAGUUUCAAUGUCAGUAUACCGUACCUGCAGAUUCGUUCAAUAAAGAUUCGAGAUUCAAAAUUUGGUUUAGCUCUUGUCAUAGAAAGCUCUCAGCAGAGUGGAGGAUAUGUUCUUGGCUUUAAAAUAGAUCCUGUGGAAAAACUGCAGGAGUCAGUUAAGGAGAUCAAUUCACUUCACAAGGUCUACUCUGCCAACCCUAUAUUUGGAGUGGAUUAUGAAAUGGAAGAAAAGCCACAGCCCCUUGAAGCUCUGACAGUUGAACAAAUCCAAGAUGAUGUAGAAAUAGAGUCUGAUGAUCACACAGAUGCUUUUGUGGCUUAUUUUGCUGAUGGCAAUAAGCAACAAGAUCGGGAACCUGUGUUUUCAGAAGAACUGGGGCUUGCAAUAGAGAAACUGAAGGAUGGAUUCACACUCCAGGGACUUUGGGAAGUGACGAGUUGAUCUUGAAUUGAACUGGAUUUCUAUUUAGAGCUGUCUGGAGAUUAAAGAUACUAGUCACCUGCCGUAAGGCAUGGAGUAGUUUUUAUACUUACGGUUUUAUAGUUAAAGCUUUUACCAAAGAAAUUUUUAACAAUUGUCGAAAAAUUCAUUUUAAAAACUGCCUAUUUUCUAAAACUGAUACUUAAAAUUGUAAUUAAAAUGUAUAUAGUUUGUAAAUGUUUAUUCUUUAUCUAAAAGUUAUAAAGUAUUAGUUUUCAGAUAUCAAAUGACUGUAUCAUGUUGGGUUUAAUAAAGAAUUUAUGCAGCACCAUUUAA